AUGGAUAUUUGGCUUAAAGUAUUUUUCGAUGCAACAUCAUCACAAAAGUCAAAAUAUGAGUCAAAAAUUCGAAGUAAUGUGAGAAAUUUUUCUCGUAAUGUUCGUCGCAUGUUCAUUGAACUUAAUCUAAAAAGAAGUAAAAUUGUCUCGUAUUUACUCGAUCAAAUAGCGAAUGUAACUCAUGUUAAUGAUAGAAUCCGUUUUCUUAUUAUUUCUCUCGAGAAUUCGAAACUUGUCACAAAAUAUUGUACACUGGUGGAUAGAAUAUUUCGUAUACAUAAAUCACGUUUAAGCGAACAAACAGAUUGUGAAUUAGAUUUAAAUUCUUGCAAGGUAUCAUUUUCUAAAGAGUGUACACGUGACGUGCAAGCUGCUUUAAUCAAUGAACAAAUUGGAACAAUUUUUAUUCAUUAUGAUCAAGCAUUUGUCCUAUUGAGACGUGAAUCUUUAAAUCAUAGUGAUAAAAAUGCAACAAAUGUUCAACAAGAGAGAAAUGCUUCAAAUGAAACAUAUGAUCGACCAAAACCAUCUGAUAAUAGAACAUCAGUUGAUCGAAAUAAUGAUUAUCUAUCAAUAAUGCCAUAA